AUGCAGAGCCUGCCCGAGGAGGAACAGCAGAGGGUGCUGGGGGAAGAGAAGAUGCUGGGAGCGAACAAGAAAGGCGCCACCAGCCCAGCUUCCAAAAAGUCAUCGCCAGACACUGGCAAGGCAGGUUCUGAGAAACCCAAACGGCCCAUUUCUGCUAUGUUUAUCUUCUCGGAGGAGAAGCGAAAGCAGCUGCAGGAAGAGCGACCCGAACUUUCCGAGAGCGAACUCACCCGGCUGCUGGCGCGGAUGUGGAACGACCUUUCAGAGAAGAAGAAGGCCAAGUACAAAGCCCGGGAGGCGGCCAUGAAGGCACAGUCAGAGAAGAAGCACGGCUCCGACAAGGAGGAGCGCGCCAAGCUGCCCGAGUCGCCCAAGACAGCCGAGGAGAUCUGGCAGCAGAGCGUCAUUGGAGACUACCUGGCUCGCUUCAAGAACGACCGGGGGAAGGCGCUGAAGGCCAUGGAGGCCACUUGGAACAACAUGGAGAAGAAGGAGAAGCUGAUGUGGAUAAAGAAGGCGGCGGAGGAUCAGAAGCGCUACGAGAGAGAGCUGAGUGAGAUGAGGGCCCCCCCGUGCUCUGCAAACUCCUCAAAGAAGAUGAAAUUCCAGGGAGAGCCGAAGAAACCCCCCAUGAACGGUUACCAGAAGUUCUCCCAGGAGCUGCUGUCGAACGGCGAGCUCAACCACCUGCCGCUGAAGGAGCGGAUGGUGGAGAUCGGCAGCCGCUGGCAGCGCAUCUCCCAGGGCCAGAAGGACUAUUACAAGAAGAUGGCCGAGGAGCAGCAGAAGCAGUACAAGAUGCACCUGGAAAUCUGGCUCAAGAGCCUGUCGCCGCAGGAGCGAGCUGUCUACAAAGAGCACACCUCAAAUAAGCGCAAGAGCAUGGGGAAGGUGCGGGGGCCGAACCCCAAAAUGAAGCCCGCCAUGCAGAUCAAGUCGGAGUCCGAGGAGGAGGACGACGACGAUGAUGACGAGGAGGAAGAGGAUGACGACGACGAUGACGACGACAACGGGGAUUCGUCUGAGGAAGGCGGGGACUCGUCGGAGUCGAGCAGCGAGGAGGAGAGCGAGGAUGGGGAUGAGAAUGAGGACGAUGACGAAGAGGAUGACGACGAAGAGGAAGAUGACAAUGACUCCGAGGGCAGCAGCAGCUCCUCCUCUUCCUCGGGCGAUUCCUCCGACUCGGACUCCAACUGA